AUGGGGAACAAGCAGAGUGAUCCACAACACCCCCGUCAAGAUCCAAUCUUGGAGAACGAGAGGAUUGAGCUCUCGCGGAUCCCGCCAGAGCAGCUGGAACGCAGGGCACGAAGGGCGAACGGAACUGGGCCGUCGGAAUCUAAAACAGGGAGCCCUAACCCCCGACCGAAGAGGGCACGGAAGGAGCUCACACGUGAGCAGGUUGAGGUUCUGCAGUCCUCCCACAAGAACUCCCGAACUGAUCACCCGGAGCCCAUCCCCGGGCUCCCGCGGAUGGAGUUCCCUCUCAGGAAGGAGGAAUACCAGAUGCAGGAUGAACUGGAUCUGUUGGAGAACAGGUACACCGCUUCAACCUUCGUACCAGAUAUCGAAGAUUAUCCGUUGCCCGCAAAGUUCAAGAUUCCUUCCAUGAAGUCCUAUGAUGCGACCACGGACCCGGAAGAUCACUUGUUCGCAUUCAUGACGCAAAUGCGCCUGCAAACAGCCGCGGAUGCGCUUGAGGAGUCACUGCGGGAAUACAUUGUGCGAUUCAACGACGAGUCUCUCCAGGUCCGGGAUCGGGACGAUAAGGUCGUCAUGGCCGCCUUCAUUAACGGAUUGCGCAAGCAGAAACUUUACACCGAGUUCGUGGAGAGACCUCCCAAGCCAAGGAAGCUCUUGCGCGAGUUGAGGCAGAAGGCCGGAGAAGCUGCCGAGGUCACACAGGCCACAAAAGCAGUCCAGGCCGAGCUGACCGGAGACACAGUUGAGGCCGAACAGGCCGGAGAAGCUGCCGAGGUCACACAGGCCACAAAAACAGUCCAGGCCGAGCUGACCGGAGACACAGCUGAGGCCGAACAGGCCGGAGAAGCUGUCGAGGUCACACAGGCCGAGAGAGCAGCCAAGGCCGAACUGACCGGAGACGAGGCUGAGGCCGAGCAGGCCGGAGAAGUUGCCGAGGUCACACAAGCCAUAAAGGCAGCCGAAACCGAGCAGACCAGAGGAGCAGCCGAAGCCAAACAGGACGGAGAAGCUGCUGAGAUCGGACAAGCCAGAGAGGCUGUACAGGCCGAAGAGACCAAGGAGGUUGCCGAACAGGCCAUCCCAUCCUGGAUAUUGUAUACCGAUAGAGCAUCAAGCAAGGGUGUGGAGUCGGGCUCCUCCUAA